GGCUCCGUCCUGCCGUGACCCUUUCUCCGUCUUGAUGCACAGGGCCUGAGCAGUCGAGCUGCCCCCGCACUGGGUGCCUUUGGUGUCUCGCUGGGUGAAUGAGGGCAUUGCCGGGCACUCCCUCCCUGGGGUUUGGCUCCUGCCCAUGGGGCUGCAGUAGAAAUCACAGGCUGUGAGAGAGCUGGAGCCCAGUUCUGCUCAAAUCUAUUUUGGACUCUGAGCCCCCCUUCCCUUUAGGCCCCCCUAGAGCCCAGCCAGUGCUUAACUAGGCUGGGGGUCUCCGAGGAAGAGUGAAUAGGGGUAGAGGCCCUGGGGAAGGGGCAAGGGGCACUGUUGAGAGCCUGGAAGUCUGAUAGUGGCCCAUCCUCCAUCACUCCUGGGGCCCCUGCCCAGGCAGCCACAGCUCCCGACCACAACAUCCUUUGGGGUUUGGCCUAUAGAGCUGGGGCGGAUGACCCCCAAAUAGCCCUGGCAGAUUCCUGUGACGCGCCCACAACAUGGUCAGGUGCCCCUCACCCCCACCUCCAGGGCACAGCCCGGAGCAUAUAAACAGUGCUGCAGGCUGAAGGGGCAGACAAGCUGAGCCCUGGACAGCAGCCCUAACGCAGCCACUGACAGACGCACCAUGAGGGCCCUCACACUCCUCGCUCUGCUGGCCCUGGCCACACUUUGCCUCGCUGGACUGGCAGAUGCGAAGCCCAGCAGUGCAGAGUCUGACAAAGGUGCAGCCUUCAUGUCCAAGCAGCAGGGCAGUGAGGUGAUAAAAAGACCCAAGCGCUACCUGUAUCACUGGCUGGGAGCACCAGCCCCAGCCCCAGCCCCCUACCCAUACCCGGAUCCCCUGGAGCCCAAGAGGGAGGUGUGCGAGCUCAACCCGGACUGUGACGAGCUGGCUGACCACAUCGGCUUCCAGGAGGCCUAUCGGCGCUUCUACGGCACAGCCUAGGGCAUCCGUCCUGCUGGCGCAGCUGGCAGCCCCAGCUCUGGAUCCUUGCCUCGUCCCUUCCCUUCCCUUCCCCUCACCCUGACCUCCUUGCCCUGUGAGUGUGGGGUCCCCAUCAUCCCAGCUGCUCCAGAAUAAACUCCAGAAGA